GGCGGGGCGCGGCGCUCGCGGGCUCGGCCGUCUGUGCGCGCCCACUCCGGCUCCAGGCCGCCGGGCUCCCGCCGAGCAGCUCGCGCCGAGGCCCCGCGCCCCUCGCAGCCGCCCCGGGCGCCGUGCAUGGAGACGCCGCCCGCCGCCGGACCCCGCCGCUGAGCCACCGUCCGGCCGGGACCCGCGGGGGCUGCGGUGGCCUCGGGCUCCCGCCGGCCCCGCCGAAGCCGCACUCGGGCUUGGCCGGCCGCCCCCGCCGCCCGAGGGCUGCGCGUGGCCCGCGGGCCUGGUCGCCCGCGCGAAUCGCCGCGGCCCGGCCGCCCCGUCCCAGGAAGCGGCCGUCCCGAGCGCCAUGGCGCACUCCCCGGUGCAGUCGGGCCUGCCCGGCAUGCAGAGAGAGUGGAAGGGAGGAAAGAGAGACGUCAAUGUGAGAAAGACACAUCGAUUGGUUGCCUCCUCACACUCCCCCCAACUGGGCCUGGGGAUCGAGCCUACAACUGAGAACCUAAAAGCAGAUCCAGAAGAGCUUUUUACAAAGCUAGAGAAAAUUGGAAAGGGCUCUUUUGGUGAGGUGUUCAAAGGCAUUGACAAUCGGACUCAGAAAGUGGUUGCCAUAAAAAUCAUUGAUCUGGAAGAAGCUGAAGAUGAGAUAGAGGACAUUCAACAGGAAAUCACAGUGCUGAGUCAGUGUGAUAGUCCAUACGUAACCAAAUAUUAUGGAUCCUAUCUGAAGGAUACUAAAUUGUGGAUAAUAAUGGAAUAUCUUGGUGGAGGCUCCGCACUAGAUCUAUUAGAACCUGGGCCUUUAGAUGAAACUCAGAUUGCUACUAUAUUAAGAGAAAUACUAAAAGGACUUGAUUAUUUGCAUUCGGAGAAGAAAAUUCAUAGAGACAUUAAAGCUGCCAAUGUUCUGCUCUCUGAACAUGGAGAGGUGAAGCUGGCUGAUUUUGGAGUGGCGGGCCAGCUGACAGAUACCCAGAUAAAAAGAAAUACCUUCGUGGGCACCCCUUUCUGGAUGGCACCUGAAGUCAUCAAACAGUCAGCCUACGACUCAAAGGCAGACAUCUGGUCCCUGGGCAUAACAGCUAUAGAGCUUGCAAAAGGGGAACCACCUCAUUCUGAGCUGCACCCCAUGAAGGUUUUAUUCCUCAUUCCAAAGAACAACCCUCCGACGCUGGAAGGAAACUACAGCAAACCCCUCAAGGAGUUUGUGGAGGCCUGUUUGAAUAAGGAGCCGAGCUUUAGACCCACGGCAAAGGAGCUACUGAAGCACAAGUUUAUAAUACGCAAUGCGAAGAAAACAUCCUACUUGACGGAGCUAAUCGACAGGUACAAGCGGUGGAAGGCCGAGCAGAGCCAUGAAGAUUCCAGCUCAGAAGACUCUGACACGGAAACGGACACGGAUGGUCAAGCAUCUGGAGGCAGCGAUUCUAGCGACUGGAUCUUCACGAUCCGAGAGAAAGAUCCAAAGAAUCUUGAGAAUGGAACUCUUCAGCCAUCGGAUUUAGACAGAAAUAAGAUGAAAGACAUCCCAAAGAGGCCUUUCUCUCAGUGUUUAUCUACAAUUAUUUCUCCUCUGUUUGCAGAGUUGAAGGAGAAGAGCCAAGCAUGUGGUGGUAACAUGGGGUCCAUAGAAGAACUGCGAGGGGCCAUCUACCUGGCGGAGGAGGCGUGCCCUGGGAUCUCGGACACCAUGGUGGCCCAGCUCGUGCAGCGGCUCCAGAGAUACUCGCUAAGUGGUGGAGGAACUUCGUCCCACUGAACUUCCUUUGGCAUUUGGGGUUUUGUUUUUUCUUUCUUCUUCAUCCCGCUCCUUUUAAACAGUCAACGAGAGCCUUUGCUGACUCCGCUGAAGAGCUGCACCGAGGGCUGGCCCGACCGAGGCUGCCCACACAGGCCUCGGCCUCCUUCCUCGUUGGCCUUGGCCGGAUGAGUCUAGAUGGGUGGGGAGGGUCAGCUCCUUCCAGCGGUCAUUUUAUUUUAUUAUUCUUGUUUUUAAUUUUAACCAUAGUGCACAUAUCAAGGAAAGUGUCUUUAAAAACAAACACACACCCUGAAAUGUAUAUUUGGGAUUAUGAUAAGGCAACUGAAGAAAUGAAACCUCAGGUAUCCUGCUUUAAGUUGUGCUCCCUCCCCGGGAGACGGAGAAUCGCUCUGGUGGCUCAGUGUACAGAUUUGUAUAUAGUGUCAUUUUUACGGAAACCCUUUUGGCGUGCAUAAGGAAUCACUGUGUACAAAUUGGCCAAGUGCUUCUGUAGAUAAUGUCAGUGGAGUAAAUAUUUGACAGGCCAUAACUUGAGUCUAUUGCCUUGCCUUUAUUACAUGUAAAUUUUGAAUUAUGUGACCAGUGAUUUGGGUUUUAUUUUGUAUUUGCAGGGUUUGCCAUUAAUAAUAAUUAAUGCCCCUCUUAAGGAACACUCCUAUUUGUACCUCAACAAAUGCAAAUUUUCCUCGUUUGCCCUACAACCCUUUUGGUACACUUAGAAGUUGAUUUCCUUUUUCAUUGAUGGUACUAUUUCUUAGUGUUUUAAAUUGGAACAUAUCUUGUGUCAUGAAGCUUUAAAUUAUUAUUUUAAGUUUCUCCCCAAUGAAGUACUCUCGUCUCACAUUCGUUUGGAAUCGUUCCACUGCCAGCGCCGCGCCAGCUGUCCGUUCUCCCAUAUGGUUUUGUUGCAGCUUGUAGUGAAAGCUGCAUAUCGUCUUUCCCACCUAAAAUGUCUGGAUGCUCACAUGAAUAAAUUUUAUAACACUUUCCUUGCAUACUCUCUCUGAAACGUGACUCAAGAGGGCAGAGCGCCUGUUGUGUGUGUGUGUGGUUGUGUGGUGAGAUGAGGCAUUUUAGAAUGCUCUAGGAAGAAGUGCCCAAAUUCAAAAUGCUGGAUGUUCAGGUCAGUUCCCUAUGCAACUUUAAAAAUUAGUCAUUGAGAAGAUAGGGUUGAAUUCUGCUGAUUUGUAAAAUUGUGCUCUCUCUUCCCAGGGACCUCAAUUAAGGGUUAUUUUGUUCUCAUACAGGAGCCUGUGUCCACUAGCUUGGCAGCCAGGUGUCUACUUUUCUUGGCUUGUGACAGGGUCUUGUUUGCCAAUGGGGCACCAGUCUCUGGGUUUGUGGUAUGGGAAUAGAGUUCUUGAAGCAAUUCGACUGUCUGAUUGAAGUAUGCAUGGCACUUUUAUAUUUUUGAUAUGAAUCAUUGUCACCUCUUGUUGGUGUCGCAGUUCUCGAGGGGAAGACGGGACUUUCGGAGGCAAGGGAGUUACUGGGUAAGCUUCGGGAUGGAAGGUCAGGAACCUGUCGGCCUAGUGGCCUGGAAGUAACGAGAGGACGGAGCCCCGAGUGAGAGACGUUGGAGUGGGUGGUGAUUGUUUAGGUUUGGUAGUGGAGUCUAGUUUUAAAUCCUAAAAUUAAAUUUUGUUUUUUAAAUUAGAAAUAGAUUUGGGUGAAAUUUCUAUAAAGGAUACACUUUGGUUAGGGGACACAGAACUGAAUUGCUAAUUCUUAUUGUAAUGCUAUUCUGCAGCAAGGAUGUUAACUUGAACAAUAAAUUGUGUGUUUCCUUUUGUUUCCAAGAGUAUUCUGUAUGCGGGAGCUUUGAUUUCCCUUUGUGAGGCCUAAGCCAAAGAUCAGUUUUGCUCAUUACAGGAGAAUUACUCAAAGAAUGAGCAGUGUUCCCCCUAAGUGCUUGUCUGAUUUUAAGACGGACAACCUAGACAGCAGCUGAUUUAAAGUUCCUAAAAUUUGCCAGUGGACAAUGGCAUAUCAAGACGAUGCUGAAGCCAAUCUUAAAUACGAGUAAUGGUUAGUAGAUAUUCUGCAAUCACUAGAUUAUGAUACACAUUGCUGUCUCCCAGAUAAAGUUGAACACGACUCUCUUAGUUUGUUGGAAGUAUCUUCUGUUGGAAGUAGCUUCCUGGGAAAGAUGUGGUUUAACUGAAUGUUAAAAAUGGAUCACCUCCUUAUACAAUCUCUUCUGAUCUGUUACUUUCUGUAGACACACAAACUCAGCUUGUGUUUUUAAGGAGGCUAGCAUUUGGGUGUCCACUUCAAGUCCUUUAUUAAAGACAGAUCAGGUUCCGGAGCUACCAGGGGACCUGCCUCCGACCAUAGAGACUGCUGUUGGUGUGUAGCCAGCCGGACCUGGGAGCUCAGCGUUCAAGAUGGAUUUACUAACACUUGGAAGUCUCUCGAUGCCAAACCCCAGCAGCUAAGAGCUUAUCCAGAGACUGCAGAAGGUGGUGGCGCUCCCAGCGGGGGAGACAGUUUCACACACAAGCACAGCUACCACCUUUUGGAAACCGAGCAGGGGGCCAUCUUGAUGUAACCAAGUGCCACGCACCUUCCGAAUCUGACAGUUUUGUUCUCGAGUUGGUCUUGUGGAGUGUCUAAUUCUUCACGUAGCAUUUGUACCUUUCUUUUGGCAAAACAUAUGGUCUGUUUAUAAGCGUUUUUAUAUGUUCUUCCUUAAAAAAAAACAAAAAACGGCUUCUGUAUUUCUGCUAUAAAAUAUGGCAAUAAAUGGGGAGUGCUGCAAGGUGUGUUCUUAAGCACAGGUACUGUAUCACGCAAGGGUCAAUAAAGUUCACAGAAAACAGUGA